AUGGAGGGAGCCGGCGUUACCUUUUUCAUCACCCUGCAGAAGAUCUACUACCCGCUGCUUUGCCUCAUGGGUAUUCCAGCCAACCUCUUCACCUUCUACAUGAUCUGCUUUCGUAAAUGUGGGAUGUCCAACACAGCCAUCGUUUACCUGAGCUGUCUGGCCAUCGUGGACACCUUCUAUCUAGUGUGGGUGAUCCUCCUUGACCUGACUCUCACCUUCUGGCUGCAGCAGCCCUUCUGGCACUCCCGUCCCUGGUGUGGCAUCCUGGCGUUUCUGCAGUAUGGUUCGCUCUGCAGCUCCUCCUGGAUUGUGGUGGUGUUCACCAUCGAGCGCUACCUCGUUCUGCGCAGCACGGCGGCCAAGCAGCACUUCUCCCAGUCCCGGGUCACCAAACUGACGUGCUUUGCUAUCGUCCUGGUUUCGCAUCUUGUCUCCGUUCCCCCGGCCUGGAUCAACACUGUCGCGCCAGUCAACCUCACCAUGAACGGGGAGAAUGUGACGCUGCCUAGGUGCAUAUACCGCGAUAAGGUGUACUCCACAGUUAUUGUGUGGAUCACUACCUUCCUCUCAGGGGGAAUCCCCAUUGUAUUAGUCAUUAUCUUCAACUACCUGAUCGGGCACCAUUUGUGCCGGGCCACAAACCUCUUCAGUAAGGAAGAGCGCCGUGUCAUGCACGGGAGAACCACCAGGGGCAUGUUGAAGAGGACCAUCCUGCUGCUGGGCACCGUCUCCGUGGCCUUUGUCGUCCUCAGCCUGCCCCGCUUUGUCACGUACUGCAUCCUCAGGACCGUGUACAACGACGUGAACUUCAACAGGGACGACUACAGCCUCCCCAUCAAUGUGGCCGGAGACUUGGCCAACAUGCUGCAGAACCUCAACUCCACCACCAACUUUCUGCUGUACUGCAUGGUCAGCCGGCGCUUUCGGCGGGAGCUCGUCCAGGUGGCCACGUGCAAGGCGAGGGCCCUCGAGCUGGGUUCUGUCCUCGCCCACACAGCCGUGAAGGUGUUCUCAGUUGUAGAUCAUAAGGCCUCGCCAACCCGUCACCCUGCAACUGUGGUCCUAACCAAUCUUAAGCUGAUAGAGUAG